AUGGCGGCUCCCGCUCUCAAGCAGCAAAGGUCCCGCAUGGAACCAGUUGCGCAGGAUGAGAUGACCAACUUCGUUGGCCGGGUGAUCGCUUGCUCACAGCUGGAGGUGCUGCUGGCCGAAGUCGAGAUUCAGCGGCCUGAUAAGGUGCAUCGCCGCAAAAGCCCGGCCUCUGAGAGCGGCCUUUCCGAAUACUCGUUGUUGAACUCACCUUCGGAGGUCGGAAGCCCAGGCCGAAACACCCGUGGACGAGCGGGACCGAGCGCUUCGAGUGCAGCGGCACCAAAAGGGCCACCAACACCGCAGCCCGUCAAUGCACCUCGCAAUGAUGCUCCUCGAGGACCCCCAACACCGCAGCCUGUGAAUGGACCUCGCCGUGAUGCUCCUCGGGGUCCUCCACCACCAACAGGUGCCUAUGCAGGGCGACAAGCGCCUGCCUCGCCGGCGACCUCCGAUCUCUUCACCUCCGACGUCGAGUCCUUCAGCACGAUCCAGGACCAGAUGGCCAUGGAGGAUGACUACCAGUUGCCUCGCAAUGCUUGCAAGCCACUCCCCAAGGGAGUGCCAGACCUUGCGACUUGGGGUCGCACCCUUCUGGUGCUGCCGAAGUAUGCCUCCCUGCGCUGGUCCUACCGCAAGCUUCUCGAGAAGGCUUGGCACGACAAGGAGAUCCUCAGCUACCUUCGCUGGAUCAAGAGCACCUACUACCAGGAUGCAGAGAAACCCGUGGCGGGUAAAGCAUCGGACCUCGCGGCCUUCCUGAUCGCCACCGAUUACCCGAUCAUGGAGCGCAUCGGCUGCGUGGGAGCCACCCGCACUCUGGUGGACGACUGA